CUGUAAAACAAAAGACGUCCUCCAACCUCCCAGCUAGUUUCUAUAAAGUGGGCUCCUUCAUCAGGAAUGAGCCCGCAGGUCACAUGACCAUCCACCAUGUUUCCAGGUCUGAUGAAGGCCUCUACGUGUCUCAUCAGAACUGUUGGAGAGUCUCCACCCAGCUGGGUCUCUGUCACAGAGAAACCCAAGACUACAAGUCCUCCUACAACCUCUGUCAGCUCUGGCUCCACCACUUCUUCCCUUCCCCAAGCUCCCCUCCUCCUCCCCCGGCUCCUCUCCUCCCUCCCCCAGCUCCUCCUCCCUCCCCUUGUGUUGUGGUCUGCUGUUUCAGUCGGUGUCCUGGUUCUCCUGGUUCUCCUGGUUCUCCUGGUUCUCCUGGAUCUCCUGGUUCUCCUGGUUCUAAGAUGCAUCCGUAUGAAACCUAGAGCUCAAGUAGAAGCUGGAGAUAAUGACGUCACAUACAGUGAUGUCACAAUAUCACGUAACCUGCAACAGCCAAUCAGACGGAGCAGAGAGAGUGAUCCUGCUGCAAUCUACUCUGGAGUGAGAAGAGAAGACGUCUGUAACGGACAAAUAGUGAUCAAAGACAAGAAAUCAAACAGGAAGAAAGAGAGUGAUCCUGCUGCAAUCUACUCCAGAGUGAGAACAACAGAUGUCAGUUACGGAUAAAUAGCGAUCAAAGAGAAGAAGACAAAAGGAAGAGAGAGUCUCCAGCAGAUCCAGAGGACCUCUACUCCUCAGUGAGGAAGACCGGAACACCAUCACACCAGACCAACCAGUGGAGUCCAGCCAGCCAAUCACUGGUCCCCAGAGACCCUCACACCUACAUCUGUACCUGUAUAGCAGUCUGGUCAUCCAACCAACUGGCUUUAGAAGUCCCAAGGUCGAGGUACAAACUGUGGGGGUCACUCUUUGCAGUUGCUGCCUCGAGACUUUGGAACUUAGUUACCACCUGACAUUCACACCAUUACCGACGUCGCUCUUUUGAAAUCCAAAAUUAAAACUUCUUUAUUUAGAAUGUUUUUUAAUGCACAGUAGCGUUUCAGCAUUUUCCCUUUCUUUCACCUGUUACUAUGCAUUACUAUAUAUAAUA